AGUACCAAGAAUAACUUUGAAACGUCGCUUGUGAGGGUAAAAUGGGCAGAGACUCGGGAAUAAAUGGAACAUCUGAUUCCAUGGUCCAUGACGAAUCUUAUGAUUAUACAUACGAGCCUGACCCUGAACCACCUGCUCAUCUGUCUUGUGAUGCACUGUGUGUUUUUGUCCUGACAUCAAACAUCAUCAUCUUCAUUCUGGGCAUUGUGGGAAAUGGCCUUGUCAUUUGGAUCAUUGGCGUAAAGACAAAGCGCACGGUCAACUCCUCAUAUUACCUGAGCUUGGCAGUGUCUGACUUCUUGUUCUGCACGACUGUUCCUCUCAACGGUGUCUAUAUGGCAACUGGACACUGGCAUUUUGGACAUUUCAUGUGUAAGUUCAUAUCUGUGGCCUUCCCCCUUAACCUGUACAGCAGCAUUUUCCUCCUGCUUGUCAUCAGUGUGGACCGCUGCAUGUGUGUCGUAUUUCCUGUGUGGACUCAGAACCACCGGACUCUGAGGAAGUCUUCUGCCAUCAUCGCCCUGGUCUGGAUUGUCUCUACACUGCUAACUCUACCCUCCUUUGUGUUUCGUACUACACAGUCUAUAAAAGAUGAUACCAAGUGCAUCCCUGAUCAUGAUUCCACUGUAUUUUCCCGUAAAAGCGCUGUGUUGAUUGGUUUUGUAUUUGGACUUGCUGUCCCUCUGAUGGUCAUUGUGAUCUGCUACUCUGUUAUUAUGCUGAAGCUGAGAGCCAAUCGUAUGAUGAGAUCCUCCAAACCCUUUAAGGUGAUGACCGCUGUCAUAAUAACAUUUGUGAUCUGCUGGCUUCCUUUCCAAAUCUUUCAGCUGCUGGAAGUCUACCAUGCGCUGUAUUCUGAUACCCUGUUGAAAAUAGGUAUUCAAGUAACAAUCACCAUAGCCUAUGCCAACAGUUUCAUGAACCCAAUUUUAUAUUCAUUCAUGGGUCAGGACUUCAGGAAUAAAUGCCUGAGGUCUGUUCUUUCAAGGAUGGAAAGUGCCUUACAGGAGGAAGGUCGUUCCACAAAAGCAAUGUCCAUCUCAAAAUCAGCUGAUGGUUAAAAAUAGUCUUUUGUCGUAGAAACAGUUUGAAUGCAUCAUUAUAUUUUCUUUUUCCCCUGUAUUGACCAGACUUCCAGCAUCAUUUUUGAAACUUUUCUGGUCAGCUUAAAGAUUUUGCAAUGACCUGAGGGAAACUUUUAGACAUGGGUUGAUGUAGUUUUUUCAUAUUUGUUCCAUUUUUAUGCACAUGUACAAAUAUUGUUUCUCUUGGCUGUAUAUCCAUAUGUGUAUAAUAUACAUUCCUGGAACCAUUUCUUUUCUGGAAAAUGGCAUUCAAAAUAAGCCAAUGAGUAGUCAGGAAGGUUGGCAAUGUGUCCUAUACAGGACAGUAUAUUGACUCCAUAUUUUCAUUUAGAAAUAUUUUCAUUUCAUAUUUUCCAUUUAGAAACCUUUGGGUUGGCAUUCAGUAAGUUCUGAGUCCUUGUGACAGAGCGCAUUGCAUCUGUCACUGGCAAAUGCAGCUUUCCCGCUGCAACGUAAACAAUGACUUUCUAAACUUCGGUGCGAACAAAGACUGCGCUAGUAAAUAAUAUGAGUGUGAAUGUUUGCUUGUGUAGGCCUACUGUUGUGGUUGCAGACCUGAUGCAUGUUAAGACUGUGGUUAAGUUAGUUAUAGAAAUGUUUGUGUUAACGAGUUGAUUCAUACAGGACACCAAUGCCGUAUAGGCUAUAGUGCAGUAGGCUACCGGGUUUAAAGCGUAGCCUAGUUAUGACUAACAACUCUGUGAAUAACAACUCUGAACACAUGUGAAAGUGUGGAUUAUAACUUUGACGCACACAAGUGAAGUUCAUAAUGAUAAAUAUAUACAUU